CAGGCGUGACAGAAACCUCCCCCUAAACGCGCAGCUCCCGAGGCGCGGAAAAACAAACCCCGGGGGCUGGCGGCAGGGAGAGGCCGGGGAAAACAGGAGACCGAACGGGAGACUGGACAGGGAACUGGACAGGAGAUGGAGACAGGACAGGGGACAGAGACUGGACAGGGAACGGACACUGGACGGGGAACUGGACAGGUGACAGAGACUGGACGGGGAACGGAGACUGGACGGGGAACUGGACAGGUGACGGAGACUGGACGGGGAACUGGACAGGUGACGGAGACUGGACGGGGAACCGGACAGGUGACGGAGACUGGACGGGGAACUGGACAGGUGACGGAGACUGGACGGGGAACUGGACAGGUGACGGAGACUGGACAUGAGACAGAGACUGGACGGGACCGGACAUGGGAACAGGGACAAGAACAUUGACGGGGACGGAAACAAACACAGUAACAGGGACAGGAACAGAGAAACCACCGGGGACAGGAACUGGAACACUCACAGAUACAGGGACCAGGACAGGGAGAGACAGGGGGACCAAAAACAUAGGUGGGUGCCCAGGACUGG